CCUCCAUCUCAUAACUCCUCUCACACACCCAAAAGAAAAGACAACUAAGUCCUCUCUCUCUCUCUGUUUCUGUCUCUGUCUCUCUGUUUUCUCUGUUUCUCCCUCUGGCUAAGUUCUUCAAUGGCCGGCCUGUGGGGACAGAGCAUUCACCAUGUGGGCCCAAACCCAUCAAUCAGUAGAAGUAACUCAUUGAAUAGCAGCAGCAGCAGCGGCAGUGGGUGCUAUUACAACAGCUACAUGGAGCUGAGCAGCAACAACUACACGAUGAUGGAGAAGAGGCAGCUUUUUCUUAGAAGCUAUCAGUUCAGCAGGAAGAAGAGCCUGACAGAGAGGAUCAAAGGGUCUUUUUGCAAAGCCAAGAAGGUCAUAUGGCUGAGGCUGCGUUCAGCUCGGAAGCUUAGGAAGUUGGUCUGCUUUAGACUCAGAUAUGGACUUGCCUACCGGAGAAGAAGACUCUGCCGUCUCCUGAACAAUUACCACCAUACCCGCAAAUGCAAUAACUCCUACUGUUUCUGGUAGAAGAAGUACUAGUACUCUUGUAAUUUCUUUUUUUUUUCCUUUUGGUUUUCUUUAUUUUAGAAGAAAAAAGUGCCAAAUUUUGGUGUUGUUCCCACGAGGUAACCAGUUAUAUACAUGAUGAUUUCCAUUCUCUUUAUUUGGUGAUCUAGUUGUUAAUGUC